CUGACGCGAUCGCCUCGUCAGGGAAGAGUGCGUAGUGUGAAGAUACGAUCGCUUGCGCUCAGCUGUUUGUGCACGAGCAAAUAAGUGCAAACUGUGUGGUUGUUUUUGUUUAAGUUUUGUGUUUUUUAACUCCACCGAACGCAUCGCUUACGAUCACCGCGAUGGUGGAACACACCACCAUCCCGCGCCGCCCCCUGGCAAGGGUUCCAUUCGGAUUGCUGCUGGUGUUGCUGACGAUCGCCACCGCCCGUUCGGUGACCUGUUUCGAUGCGCUAGGGGAUGAAAUUUUCCGAUUGCCGGGAUAUUUCGCCGAUAGUGAGGCCGAUUGGCCGGCACAAUUCAAACUGUCGCGAGUUGCGACCGAUGUCAACCCGUUCCUUCGGAUGCUGCAUCAUAUCGAUGACCCUGACCGUAUCAAUCCUCAUCGCCGUUCCAGGGUACCGGCGGGUAUCGGAUCGUACGCCGGUCCGGAUCGGGAAACAGCAACGAUCGAUGGCGUGGUUGGGCUCGACCAUGCCCAAAACCGCGAAUCGUUGGAAUCCGACGCCGAGACGCUCGUGGACGUGUUGGAUCCCAAUCCGGAUGAUCGACAACACCCCCAUCGGCCAGGUUUAACGCCACCCUACCGACCACCAUCGGCCGGUCAUCCCCAUCCGGACGUGGAGCAGAUUGAUGAUGGAUCGCAACCUCCGGCUUUUGAUGCGAGUUCGCUGUUCCAUCAUCAUUUCAACUCGUUCUUCAACACGCCGCUUGAGACGAGCUUCUUUGGAGGUGCCGGUGGACUGCCAGGAUUCGGAUUUUUCGACACCCAAGCUAACCGUCCGUGGUGGAAAGGCGAUAACGUGUGCACGGAGCGCGAGGAAAAAGAGGAGGACCUCAACUCAGACGACAACGAGGAGGUGUCGGUCAACGAAGGCACCGGUGCAUCCAGCAACUUUGGGUUCCACGGAUUCAGCACGUUCAAUCUGAACGUACAGUCGUGUGCCGAAAAGCAACACAAAUACAUCUGCACCUCGAUCAAAAACAUCAACGGUCGUAAACGCACGGAGAAAAUUACGCGACAGUGUUGUCACGGAUUUGGCCGCCCCCGGAAUGGACCACCGAACGCACACUGCCAGAAGCUGGAGCUGUUCCCGAUGGAGGAAACGGUCGAUCGGCUCGGUGCCAAGGAGUUCCUGCGGACGCUCAAGAAAAGCGGACUCGAGGCCACCCUCGACAACGAGGUGACGCUGUUUGUCGUCCCGGACAAAGCGUACAGCGCGUUCGCCGAGCAGAUGUGGGAGAACAACCUGGUAGCGUACGAUCCGAUGGCCCGUGCUAAGCGUGCGAUCGAUUUCGCGAGUAUGACCGCACGGGACGUGAUCCUGGCGCACACCGUCAAUGGGACGUACCACAUCGAGGACGUGAGCAACGAGCAGCUGCUCCAGACGGACCUGCCGGGGGCGAACAUUCGCAUCAACAUCUACCCGCGUGGACCACCGGCCAGCAUGAUGGGUUUGUCCCAUGGUGAACAUCCGUACCGGUACACUGCCAACUGUGCACCGCUCGUGAAGCUGAACCGUGUGUCCGAUCGGGGUAUCGUGCAUGUCGUCGAUCGGGUGCUCGUUCCGGCCCGGUCCACCCUGAUGGACAUAGUGGAAACCCGCGAGGAUAUGACGCUGAUGCGCACGUUCCUUGAGAUGACCGGACUGGACCGGUUGCUGCGGGAACAGGGCGAUGACAAGCAUUUCACCGUCUUCGCCCCGAACGAUGACGCUUUCCUAAAGCUCGACAAAGACAUCCGCCGUAAGCUGAAGGCGGGUAAUGGCUGCGCGAUGAAUAUUCUGAAGAAUCACAUCCUGGACAUUACGUUCUGCUCGCUGGCCGCCGUUAACGGCGUCAAAACGUCGACGUACAACAUGCUGAACGAACGGCUCGAGUUCGAGUACGCGAUGGUCGGUAAAACGCACGUCCCAACCGAAAGCGAAGUGGCCGAACUUCCCGACGAAGGCAAAAAGACCCAGCGCAUCCGUAUUAACGGGCUGGCAGCGAUCGAGGAGAGCGAUGUGGUUGCCAGUAACGGUGUACUGCACGUGAUCGAUACGGUUCUUCCGACGGACAGCGGCAUGCCGAUCUCGAACACACUCGCGAGCCACAAUUUGACCGUGUUCAAGCAGCUCAUUACCGACGCCGGCAUGGAGGACGAAUUCGAUGGGCUAUCGAACCGGACGUUCUUCGUACCGACGGACGAGGCGUUCGAGCAGACGGAAACAGGACGCUACUGGAUCCGCCAGCUGAAGGAACACCCCGAGAAUUUACGAGGCAACGCGGCGCUGAAGGAAUUCCUCGAGUACCACGUGGCGGAACCGCUGAUCAAAACGUGCGCCCUGGAAGAAACGUCCGUUCCCACCAAGGCCGGUCGGACUCUCCGCGUCAAUCUGUACACUACGAAUCCUGUUUUUAAGACGGUGAUGAACCGGGCCACAGUGAACUGCGCACGGUUGGUACACUUCGACGAGGAAACAUGCGGUUCGGUCGUGCACGAAAUCGAUAAGGUGUUGGACGUACCGAAUAUGAAUCUCAUGGAAGCGCUAAGCUCUAACCCAGAGUACAGCAUGUUCCUGCGGUUGGUCAGUCUGACCAACCUGACGGAGUUGCUGGCAUCACCGGAAGCUGGUCUAACCCUGCUGGUGCCAAAGAACGACGUCUUCCUUGAGGUGAACGCCUGGUACCAGGAAACGCUCCAACAGCAGGACGAGCUGGAGCGUAUCAUCCGCGCGCACGUACUACCGAACGUGAUUUGCUGCACCGGCAUCGUCCCGUCGGAGUGGCCGUUUGUGCGUACCACCGAAACCGUCGGUGGCCAGCAGCUGAAGCUGAACCGCAACCGUCGGCCGCAGGUGCAGAAUGCGGGUAUCACCAAGUGCGACAUCGUGGCCCAAAAUGGUAUCAUUCACGAGAUUAAUGACGUGAUUAACGUGCAGCCGCAACGUACCGAUGCAGCUGGGGCCAACGGUGGCCAUCCGUUCGAAGGCUUCGGUAGCAUUACGCGCCCGUUGACGUUCUGGUUCAAGUAAGCGUCGCUGGUAGUGCACCCUGAUCCAGCAGGAGUGUUUUAGGCACUUCACUUGGGGCAAACGAAGGCGAUGCGGGUGGUUUCGUUAAUUAUUUCAAUGAACCACCCGAUGGCAGCGCAGAACGUGCACCCAAGCACGCCUGAACCCCCACAGGAAGGCCAUAGUUUUACGAUAUGUCUAACAUUACUGUAUUUAUACAACGAAAAGUAAAAAGCUGCUGGCGUUUCGCUCUUAACGCGAACGUGUUAGCAUUAA